AAUUGGAAACACACAUAAUAAUGGCAGUUACCGAAUGUAGAGAGCUAAAAUUUAUUUCGCCGCUUUUAAAAACAUGGUCUUUUGAAGAAAAUAUUGUUAAAUGCAGAACAUCACCAUGUGGAAAUUUUUUAGCGGUGAAAGGAAAUUCUAUUUUAUCAAUCAUUCAUAUGACAUUAGAAUAUCAAGUUGAUGUAAAAGUAAAAUACACAGAUUUUAUAUGGGCUCUUUGCAAUUUGAAUAAAGAGAACUUAUCGGCUGCUACAGGAACAUGGUAUUUUGUUACUAUUGAUAUUGAAUCUAAUGUUGAAUGGCAUAGUAUAUCUAGAAAUCCACAAAAACAUUUUCAGCAUAAACUUGUAAAAAGUACUGAUGUGAAAACGCUUCUCAAGAUUUCAGAUAAUGAUAUUUCAUUGCUGUUUGCAGAAUAUGAUAAAUCUUGUUCACAGCAAAGCAUUACUUGUCUCAUAAGCAAAUCUUCAGUUGUUGUUAUUACAAUAUCAAAUCAAAAAGAGCCAUUGGUAGAGUCAACUUACAGUAUAUGCAAUUCAAAGUUUGUGGAAUGGCAGUGUUCUGAGAAUAUUAUUUAUUUAUUACAGGAAGAUUAUUUUGUGCAAAUUUUAGAUAAACAAUCAUUACAUUUACGUCAAUCAAUUAAUAUGAAAGAUAUUUUGAACUUUGAAGUUAUACACUUUGGAGUCAUUAAUGAUAUAGCUUUGUUUGUAUUCGAUUCUAAUAAUACUUUUCAUGUCUACCCUUUAUCAUGUGAGCAAAGUGCACCUAUAAACUUUAAUACAAAUGAAUACAAUACAGGUGAAUGGAAAACACGAUUACAUCUGCUUAAGGCUGCAACACUAUUACAAAAUAAACCUAAGAGCAAGUUAUUGACUCCAAAUUCUUUUUGUGGUCCGAUGUGGAUGAAUGAGCUUGAUAUUAUCUUAAUUCACGUUUCUAAAUCAAUUGUACUUCUUAAAUGCGAAAAAAGUGCAGAUAAAUCCUCAUAUAUAAUCAAAUAUGAUUAUCAAGAAAAUGAGUUUGCCUUUUGUAAAAUCCCAUCUGGCAUCUCACUGUCUUUUGGUGAAGGACAUAUGAUUCCUAUUUUAUUUGUUUCUGCUAGUCAAAUAAUGUUGCCAUUUUUCGGAGUUUCUCAAGAGGAUCUUAUUGAUAAGGUUAUUCAGUUUUCUAAUAUUUCAAUGGCUGAAAAAAUUUGCAAAGCAAAUGAAUGGGAUCAAUUUUCAAUUCCUCUUUAUACUCUUGAGGUUGGCUUGCGGCUUAGACAGUUGGAUGCCAUUGAAAUUUUUUUAAAGAGUAGAGAUAAACCUUUCACACGACAUUGGAAGCAGUUUUAUUACAAAUUAAACUCUAAUUUGGUAUCAUUUGAGUCUGAUGAAUUAAAAGAAACAAUUAAAAAGUUACAGGGUUCCAUCUUAACUGCAUCAAAGCGCAAACACGAGGACAACUUUUUUGAAGGACUGUUUAUGGUAACAAUAUGUUAUCUUAACAGUUUAAUUCAAGACGGGAUUGAGACAUUAAAAAGUUUACCUGAAGUUGUUCCAAAUAAAAAGAUUAGUUUAACCAAUCAAUCAACUGAUUUAAACCUUUUUGAAGACUUGCAUGAAACUUUAAAUUAUUUAGCCCAAGUAGUUGUUAAAUUAAGAACAUAUUUAAAGGUAUCUUUUAAUGACAAUCCACAAACAGAUUCUAUAGAUGGAGGGAAGCAACAUCAGUUUAAUUCUCAAGACCUUUUGAUCAAUGGCAAAAUAGGAACAUGGCAAAAAAAUCAGAUUUUUCAGAAAAAAGAAGUUGAAAAAGGAUCCUUGGAUUCUGCUAUUGACAUAGGAAAACAAAUUGCUCAAGAAAAAUUGGUUCAAAAUGACAUUGAUGGGGCUGUAAAAAUUCUUCUGAAUAUAGGAUUAGAACCAAACAGAGAAUUAAAAAGUAUCUAUUUUGAAACCAGCAAGAGCAGUUUAAGAGGACUCAUGUUUCCAAGAUUGCAAAAGAAAGGUCUUCUUGAUGAGAGAGAUACUGAAGAUUUCAGGUUUUUAAAAGAACUAGAAAAAUACUACAUUUCAGGAAAUCAGCAUCAAUUUAAGUUUACAUUAAAGCAAGUUCGACAAUGGAACAGCCAAACUCGAAAGAAAAUUGUUUUUGAUGGAAUAUUUUUAUCUAAUGCCACAGAGACAAUCAAUGAGGAAGAUGCAGAUUCUUUAUGGGAUUAUUUAAUUUCUCAUAACCAUAUUUCAAUCAUUGAACAUUGGUUGCUAGGUGAUGAAUGCAAACAAGUUUUUCCACCUUUUAACAUUCGUGUUAUAGAGUUAUCAUGUAUGCCACGGUAUAUGGAAAAAAGGCUUUUAAAUCUUCUUGUGAAGAAUGGAUAUUAUCCACAGUUCCUUAUAAAUAACUUUCUUAACUUACUUGAGUACUUAGGAAAAAAUGAUCUGGUCUUUUCAAGUGUGCAUCCAUUUGACUUUUACAAGUACCCACUUUCAAUCGAGAAACGAAAAUCUUUAGUGGAUGACUUUAACUACAACUUUUGUCAAUUUUGUCAAGAAAAUAACUUACCUGUUCUUAUGUGGAGGUUUAUCAAUUUCUAUAAUCUUCAUUUAUUCAAUAUCAAGUUUCCUUAUAAAGUAAGCAGUUGGUUAACUUUGAUGUUUAAUAUUUAUGAAUAUGUACAUUCUCCAGGCCAAGAUUUAAUUUCCAACAUCUUUAUGCAAAAUAUAAGUUUAAACAACCAAUCAAGCAAAACUCUUAGCAAUCUAUUAACAAAUCAUCAAGUUCUUUUAGUUCUUGCAUUGAUUCUUGUUUCAGGGAAAUCUCUAGAACAGGUUAUUGAAGGUAAUGAUGAUGUUUUUAAAGUUGAUAAGCAGUUGCUGUUUGAUUCUCUUCAAAGUUUUCCUAAACUUUUACAAUCAAUUCAAAACGAAAAAAGCUCUAAUAUGUUAAAUCUUACAAUUUAUCAACUUCUUCAGGAUAAUACAGAAAUUAAUGUGUUACGAUGGUUUACAUGGCAAGAAGGAAAUAAAUUGGCAUUAAAAGAAGAAGUUCUUUUGGAACUGCCACAUUUUUCUCAUCCACUAUUAGUGAGUAAAUAUGCCCAAGUCAUUAAACUUGAUUAUGAAUAUUACCUGAAAGAAGGUCGUCCUAUGUAUGCCUAUCUUAUAUUCAAAAAGGAAAAUUUAUGCGAAGCUAGUGCAUGCAAAACAUCAUACAAGCUGGCAAUAGAGAACUUCAGAUCACUUUCUGUUGUGUCUUCUUGUUGUUUUUUUUUGGAGUUACUUGAUCAAGAUAAUGAAAUGAUCAAAAUAGAUGCUAAAGUUAUUGAUCUUCUUUUUAAAUAUCAAAAACCAUCUGAGGAUAACAGUUUAUUAGUUGGUCUAUUUUUGGAGAAAAAAGAUUUCUUGGAAAUUCUGAAACUUCUAGAAAGUUCAAUUGAACAGCUAAUUAGUGAUAAUUUAGAGAUAAAAUUUUCAUACAAAGCAGUUUGGUAUUGGCAGUUAGCAGUGGAUUUUUGUAGAGUUCAUUUUUUACCAAUUACUGUACGUUACCUUGAAAAUUGUUGCAAUGAAGAAAAUUGGUUGCAAUUUUUUCUGUUUAUUCAUGUGCACCAGAUUCCUUCAUCUGAAGCUAUAUCUGCGUUAAAUGAGUUUAUGAAAAACAAACCAUUAAAAGAACACUUGAUUGCUAUUGUCAGCAGUACAAAACAAGUUUCUAUAGUGAAAGAGAGGAAGAAAAAAAGACAUCAGAGUUUUACAAAAAAAAGAGAUGUUCGCGCACAAUUUUAUUCACGCAUUGGUGCUUCUGCUAGUAGAGAGCCGAUAAUGUCUACACCUGAAAAUACUGCAUCAAAUGAAAAAAAUGAAGACUUUUGUGAUGGAAAAAGACAACAAAAAAAUACAGGUCAAAGACUUCCAGACAUAGCAAGUUUUUCAGGCAGUCUUUUAGAUACUUUACUAGAAUGUGAGAAAUAUGCUGAACCAUGGAAAGCGUUACUGUGUUCCUCUUAUGUUUCAUAUCAUGCUUUUCUUCCAAUUUUGGCUGCUUGCUAUAAGGAAGCAAGUCGUUUGGAAUGUAUAUGUAGCUGGUAUUUGUGCAUCCUGGAUGAUCAAGAUCGAUGCGGAGUUAUUAAAAAGCUGCAAAAUGGGUUAAGUGAAGGUUCCUUUGAUUUAUCAAAUAUAUUUAACCACACAUGGAAAACUGAAGAUUUAUUUACAAUUAUAAAAGAAAUGUUUUUACACAGUGUCAAAUAUGGCGAAAUUCCAUCACAAGGCUUUCAAAUAUUUAUGCCAGGUCACGUUCUUGUAAAAUUUUUGCAAUGUAUUGAGUCAUUUCUUAACCGGCUUGAACACAAUAAGUCUGUAUCUCUCUUAAGCAGUUUUCAAAGUAGCUUUAUUCUUUUUCUACAAGCCAAAUCAUCUCCAUAUGAUAUAACAGCUGAAAAGAUGGAGGAUUUUACUCAAGAAUGUUUAAGUCUUAUGGUUUCUAAUUGUGAAUCUCAGCUUGAUGUUCAGUUGUUAGUUAAUAUCAUUGUGGAAUCUAAAUAUGGGAACAAGUUUACAAAAAAAGUUCUUGACUUUGAUCAAAUAAAAAAAGCAGUUGACAUUAUCUAUAACUCCAACAUUGAUUAUCAGCUUGCAAAUCUUUUCACAUAUGAUACUGACAUAUUUGAUCAAGAAAUAAAGUUUGUAUUCACAAUACUGUUGCAGAACCAAGCAUAUAAACAAGCAAAAGUUUUUUCAGAUUUAUUCAAACUUCCAUUUGCUGAUAAUGUGCUUAUAUGUGAAGUAAAGAAAGAACUCAAUUAUUUACAAAAAACAAAUUCAUGGAAUGAUGUUCUCUUAAGGAAGUCAUUUUGGAAGAAAAUCGAUUUCAGAUUAUUUGAAAACAAUUGUGGUUCAUUAAUUGCAGGAACUUUUUUUGAAAAUCAAGCAAAUAAUGAUUCAUUUUCGUUUGGGGAGAAAGCUUCUUUGUUUAUGUACUCAUUAAAAUGGUUCUCAUUUAACAAAUCAGUGGAGAUCAACAAGCUGCUUAAGUUGGAUAAACUUAUGUGGUUCUACAAAAUAAAGUCACUUGUUGGAAUUCCAAAUCAAGUGGAAGCAAUUAAUGAAUUUGCAAAGGAACAAUCUUUUAUUUUAUUCCAUACGUCAACAGGAGAGUAUGAUUUUGAGCAUGAAAGCAGUAUUGAUACUGCGAGUGACAUUGUUGCAUUUGAUUUUACUGAGCAGGAAGAAAAAACUUACCAUGACCUUAUAAAUUGUUUACUUGAUCAUGAUUUUGUUGCUGAAGCUUUAAGAAUUGCAAUUUUAUUUAAAAGAACUUCAAUUCAUCUUGAUAUUGUUAAGACAUGCAUGAUGCUUGCACAAGGUAAACUAAAUGUAGAGUCUGUUAGCAAUAAUGUUAAAGCUAUUCUUGCUUCUACCACUAGUAACCAUGUUUCUGCAUCCAGUGUGUUUGAUGCAAGUUUUUCACGAACAACAAGCAUAUCUAGUAUUAACUCCAACUCUACUCCUUUUUCUGAAAUGCAUGAUUUUGUUUUUAUUGAAGAUGUUCUCAAUGCUUUGGAAAAAUUAACCCUUCGUGCAAAACAUGGGAAGAAAAUCUGUCAAAAAGAAUUAUUAAUAUUUAAAGUUGCUAGUGCAUUGCAAUUAUCAUAUGAUGAAAUUAAUUCGCAAGAUAAAUUUAAUCUUUUAAAAAAAAUUUUGGAAGCAGGUUUUGAUAAACGAAAACAGUUAUCCAAGCUAUUUAUAAAUCUUUUUUCACUAGAGAAUACAGAAGUAGUAACAUUUGUUGCAGACUCCAUGAUCAGCAUGAUCAGGAUAGACUGUGGCAUAGAGACAGAUACUCAUCAAUCUAGUAAUGAAAGUAUGAAGCUGCCAUCAUUUGAUGAUAUUGUAUCACUACUUCAGUUAACAAGUUUGCCUUCUUGUGUUGGUCAAAAGAUUCUUAACGAAGUGUAUGAAGUAUCUAGAAGAAUGAAUAAUAAUAGAGGCAUAAAUGAGAGACCAAAAAAUUGGAAAUACUUAGUUGAUCUAUUGAUUUGUGCUCAUCAUUGUGCUACAAUUAGUUGUGAUAUGGAAGGGAUUGCAGAUAUCUUGAGAGCUGCACGUAUUUCCUCAAAUUUAUUGGCAGCCGGUCAUCAGUACAAUCUGCUUGUGCGUUUGUUAACACAUGUGGGUCGUUUUAAGGAGAUGUUUUAUGUUAUUGAAACAUUGUAUAACCAUCAUCAUUUUGAAUACCUUUGUAGAAAAGGAAUAUAUAAUGAAGGAAGGUUAAAGCAAGCGUUGAUUGAUUUUAUGUUGACAUACCAUAAAGAAGACAAAGAAAACUUUGAAUUGAUUUUAGUUGGUUUUGGAAUGUACAGAGAGUAUGCUGAAAAGCUUCAGGAACAAGCUGAGAACAAAAUAGAACUUGUUCAAGAAAAACUGAAAGCAGGGCAUACUAAAGAGGUUGUUUCUGAAUUAAAAGAUAUCCAACAGUCACUUUCUUAUGCAUCUGAUUAUUUUCGAAAGGAUGGUUGCUUUCAUUAUUCACAUAAAUGCUUACAAACUGCACGCUUAGUUGAAUUGCAAAUUUAUUUGCUCCCAUCUGCGAAAUGUGUAUUAGGAUUGUCUAUUCAAGAAGUGAAACAGUUUUUAAAUAACCAUGAUAAUUUUCUUGAGGCUUUUCUAGUCGCAGAAACAUAUGGCUUGCAUGAUCCUUCAAUUUGGGUUGAUCCUCUGUAUGAGAUAGUACUUUUAAAAGACAACCUUAACAUCAGUUACCUGCAGCAGUUUAAUUGUUAUCAGUGUUUAACAACUAUUGUCGCAGAGCUUGCUACUAAGGCACGAUUGAGCAAAUCUACUUUUGCGAUUAGCAACAUGAGAAAAAUUUUGUCCUACGUUCGGGAUGUCAAAGUGAAGUUAAAAGUAUACAAAGAACUUGGUUUUACUGAUAUGGAAAAAUCGCUGAACGAAAGUUCAGCUGGAGCCUUCUUAAGAGAUCAAAUGUUUUACAUGUAAAGUUCAGCUGGAACCUUAAGAGAUCAAAUGUUUUACAUGUAAAGUUCAGUAGAAACUCUUUUAAAGUUAUUUAAAGUGAAUUUAAUUUUAUAUAUAUUUUUUUAUUCAUAA